AUGCCAUUUCUUCACCUGUAUAUGCUUUCUUUCUUGUUUCUCCUGUUGCCGCCAUCGACGUUUUCGAUACCCGAACGCGAACUGGAAUCCUUGUUACUGCUCAAGAAACAUUUCACCAAUGCCGGCGCUCUCAGUUCUUGGAUGCCCGGUUCAGCGCCUUGCAAUGGACGAACACACUGGACCGGAUUGCUCUGUUACAAUGGCGUCGUCAUCGGUUUGAACCUCAUAGGGAUGGGAUUAUCGGGGAACAUUAAGGUCGAGGCCUUAGCCGAGAUCAAGGGAUUGCGUUCUUUCAGUGUCGUUAAUAAUUCUUUCCAGGGCGACAUUCCGGAACUCAAUCGUUUGGUUGAAUUGAGGGCCUUGUACUUGUCCGGCAAUCAAUUUUCCGGCGAAAUCCAGCCUUAUUAUUUUAGUGAAAUGGUGUCGUUGAAGAAAGUUUGGUUGUCGAACAACAAGUUCACCGGGAGCAUCCCGCUUUCGCUCGGUCAGUUGCCUCAUCUCGUCGAAUUACGACUAGAAAACAAUCAAUUCAGCGGACAUAUCCCGGCUUUUUAUCGUCCGAAUUUGGACUACAUCAAUUUAUCGAACAACAAACUCGUGGGGGACAUUCCUUUUCGAUUAUCGAAAUUCAAUGAGAGCUCGUUCGCAGGGAAUCCGGGUCUUUGCGGGAAGAAUUUGGGUGUUGAAUGUGCCAAACCAGUAGAGAAUUCGACCUCAUUGAAGACGGAUCCAGACGAGGCUGUUAUGAAACCUAAUAAAAGAAGUUCCCAAAAGUAUCUUGCUGCAUUCAUAGUAUUAGGAAUGAUGUUAAUAACAGUGAUUAUCUUAGCUGCAAUUGGAUGGAUGAAGAAAAAGAAGGAUACGGAUGCAUCGGUGCUGGUACCUGCAGGACGAAGCUCCGGUGAUCCCAUCGAAGUACGGGUCACGGUACCGAUAGUGAAAGAAGUGGAACCAAACAGAAAAAGUAAUGCAAGUUCAAGCUCAAGCUGCAGAGGGUCUAAUAAUCUUAAGGCCAGAGGCAGCAGCAGUGCGGAUCUCGUCAUGGUAAACGACGAAAAGGGUGUUUUCAAGUUGGCAGAUUUGAUGAAAGCGGCCGCGGAAGUGCUCGGGAACGGAGGGCUAGGAACUUGUUAUAAGGUCACGGUGACUAAUGGAGUUGAGGUGGUGGUAAAAAAGAUGAGAGAUAUGAAUGCAUUAGGGAAAGAUGAUUUUGAUAAGGAAGUUAAAAGGCUUGGAAAGCUACGGCACCCCAAUAUUUUAACGCCUUUAGCUUACCAUUACCGCCCGGGGGAAAAGCUUUUUGUUUAUGAAUACCUUCCUAAUGGCAGCUUGCUUUACCUUUUGCAUGGUGAUCGUGACUCGUCCCAUGUCGAGCUUGAUUGGCCUGCAAGACUAAAGAUUGUGCAGGGAAUCUCCAGGGGACUAGAUCAUCUUCACAUGGAACUUUCUUCGCUCGAGGUACCUCAUGGCAAUCUCAAAUCGAGCAAUGUUCUACUCAGCCCCGAUAAUCAUCCGUUUCUCUCGGACUAUGGAUACCGGCCGUUAGUAAACACCAAAGGGACUGAAGCCCUGUUUGCUUACAAGACUCCGGAAGCUACACAAGGAGGAAAAGUAUCCCCUAAAAGUGAUGUAUAUUGUUUAGGAAUUAUCAUUCUUGAGAUCCUUACAGGGAAAUUCCCUGCUCAAUAUCUUAGGCAUGACGAAGGCGGAACUGAUGUAGUCCAAUGGGCGGAAUCAGCACUUUCGGAACGGAGGCAGGAUGAACUGCUCGAUCCGGAGAUAACCGAAGCCCAAAAUUCAUCACUCGGCAACAUGGAGAGGCUCCUCCAUAUAGGCUUGCUAUGCACUCAAACUUGUCCCGGGACUCGUUUAGAAUUGAAAACAGCCAUUAAAAUGAUAGAGGAGCUGCAGGUAGAUGGAGGUCAGUAGCUCAACUAGUUUUUC